GCCCACAGUGGUGUGAGCAGUCCCUGCCCGCCCCGUCUGGGACCAGGAUCCCUCUGUGAGCAACUUGAGGAGAGGAGGAGGAAGAGGAGAGAGCCCGCUCCUCUGACCAGCACUGCAGGGCAGCAGUCUGUGUGCGGACAGACAGCCAGAUCCAGGGUGGCCCCUCCUGGCAGCUCUGCCCCUCCUGAAGGAUGCUUUGGGAGUGAGGCCACUCCUCACCCUGCAGCCCCUCACUCCCUCCAGUCUCCCUGGGCUCCUGGAGCCUGCAACAGUCCUUCCUGCCCUCCUCUCCAGACGCUCUGCUUUGGAUCCAGUGAGGUCUUGCUGAUAACGGGAGAGGGCAGCGAGGAGGAAGACCUGCAAGCGUGACAGCCCAGAGCCGGGACUAUGCCCGCACCAGAGGGCAUCAGCAGCAAGGGUACCACGCGGCUUCAGACUGACAUGCCAGUUCCAGUCUUCAAAGGCCUGGUGCUGUUGCUGCCCCUGCUGUUGCUGUUGGGACCACAGGCCUCCCAAGGCCUGGUCAUUACACCCCCAGGGCCGGAGCUUGUCCUCAACGUCUCCAGCAACUUUGUUCUGACCUGCUCGGGUUCAGCUCCUGUUGUGUGGGAACGGAUGUCCCAGGAGCCCCAGCAGGAAAUGGACAAGACCCAGGAUGGCAGCUUCUCCAGCAGGCUGACGCUGACCAAUGUCACUGGGCUAGACACGGGAGAAUACUUCUGUACCUACAAAGGUUCCCAUGGGCUAGAGCCUGGAGAGAGAAAAAGGCUCUACAUCUUUGUGCCAGACCCCAAUGUGAACUUCCUCCCUGUCAAUUCUGAGGAACUAUUCAUCUUCCUUACGGAGGUAACAGAGACCACCACCAUUCCAUGCCGAGUGACAGACCCACAACUGGUGGUGACUCUGCACGAGAAGAAAGUGGAUGUACCUCUGCCCAUCCCCUAUGACCACCAGCGUGGCUUCUCUGGAAUCUUUGAGGACAAGACUUACAUCUGCAAAACCACCAUCGGGGACAAGGAGGUGGAUUCCGAGACCUACUACAUCUACAGCCUCCUGGCCAAUCUCUCUCCACCAGUGUCAUCCAUCAACGUCUCAGUAAAUGCUGUGCAGACGGUGGUUCGCCAGGGUGAGAAUAUCACCAUCAUGUGCAUCGUGACUGGGAACGACGUGGUCAACUUUGAGUGGACAUAUCCCCGCAAGGAGAGUGGGCGGGUGGUGGAGCCGGUGACAGACUUCCUCAUCAACAUGCCUGCUCACAUCCGCUCCAUACUGCACAUCCCCAACGCCGAGCUGGACGACUCAGGGACCUACACUUGCAAUGUCUCUGAGAGUGUGAAUGACCAUCGGGAUGAAAAGGAUAUCAAUAUCACUGUGGUCGAGAGCGGCUACGUGCGGGUGCUAGGGGAGCUGGACGCUGUACAGUUCGCGGAGCUGCACCGCAGCCGGACUUUGCAGGUGGUGUUCGAGUCCUACCCUCCACCCACUGUCAUGUGGUUUAAGGACAACCGCACCCUGGGUGACUCCAGCGCCGGUGAGAUCGCCCUGUCCACACGCAACGUAUCUGAGACCCGGUAUGUGUCAGAACUGACACUGGUGCGGGUGAAGGUGGCCGAGGCUGGCCGCUACACCAUGAGGGCCUUCCACGAGGACGCCGAGGCCCAGCUCUCCUUCCAUCUGCAGGUCAACGUGCCAGCCCGAGUGCUGGAGCUGAGCGAGAGCCACCCUGCCAGUGGGGAGCAGACCGUGCGCUGCCGAGGCCGCGGCAUGCCCCAGCCACACCUGACGUGGUCUACCUGCAGCGACCUCAAAAGGUGCCCACGCGAGCUGCCGCCCACACCUCUGGAUAACAGUUCUGAGGUGGAGAGCCAGCUGGAGACUAACGUGACUUACUGGGUGGAGGAACAGGAGUUCGAGGUGGUGAGCAUCCUGCACCUGCCCCGCGUGGAUCAGCCGCUGUCAGUGCGCUGCACCCUGCGCAACCUGCUGGGCCAGGACAUGCAGGAGGUCACCGUGGUGCCACACGUCCUGCCCUUCAAGGUGGUGGUGAUCUCAAUCAUCCUGGCCUUAGUGGUCCUUACGAUCAUCUCCCUCAUCAUCCUUAUCGUGCUCUGGCAGAAGAAGCCACGCUAUGAGAUCCGAUGGAAGGUGAUCGAAUCCGUGAGCUCUGACGGCCAUGAAUACAUCUACGUGGAUCCCAUGCAACUGCCUUACGACUCCACCUGGGAGCUGCCACGGGACCAGCUUGUGCUUGGACGCACCCUGGGCUCUGGAGCUUUCGGGCAGGUGGUGGAGGCCACGGCGCACGGCCUGAGCCACUCCCAGGCCACCAUGAAAGUGGCCGUCAAGAUGCUAAAAUCCACAGCCCGCAGCAGUGAGAAGCAAGCCCUCAUGUCGGAGCUGAAGAUCAUGAGUCACCUGGGGCCCCACCUGAAUGUGGUCAACCUGCUGGGGGCCUGCACCAAAGGAGGGCCCAUCUACAUCAUCACUGAGUACUGCCGCUACGGCGACCUGGUGGACUACCUGCACCGCAACAAGCACACCUUCCUGCAGCUCUGCUCUGACAAGCGCCGCCCACCCAGCGCCGAGCUCUACAGCAACGCCCUGCCCGUUGGGCUCCCCCUGCCCAGCCACAUGUCCCUGCCUGGGGAGAGCGAUGGUGGCUACAUGGACAUGAGCAAGGACGAGUCGGUGGACUACGUGCCCAUGCUGGACAUGAAAGGAGACAUCAAAUAUGCAGACAUAGAGUCCUCCAACUACAUGGCCCCUUACGACAACUACGUCCCCUCUGCUCCUGAGAGGACCUGUCGGGCGACUCUCAUCAACGAGUCCCCGGUGCUUAGCUACACGGAUCUGGUGGGCUUCAGCUACCAAGUGGCCAAUGGCAUGGAGUUCCUGGCCUCCAAGAACUGUGUCCACAGAGAUCUGGCAGCCAGGAACGUGCUCAUCUGUGAGGGCAAGCUGGUCAAGAUCUGUGACUUCGGCCUGGCUCGUGACAUCAUGCGGGACUCAAAUUAUAUCUCCAAAGGCAGUACCUUCCUGCCUCUAAAGUGGAUGGCCCCUGAGAGCAUCUUCAACAGCCUCUACACCACCCUGAGCGAUGUGUGGUCCUUUGGAAUCCUGCUCUGGGAGAUCUUCACGCUGGGUGGCACCCCUUACCCAGAGCUUCCCAUGAAUGAGCAGUUCUACAACGCCAUCAAGCGGGGCUACCGCAUGGCCCAGCCGGCCCACGCCUCUGAUGAGAUCUACGAGAUCAUGCAGAAGUGCUGGGAAGAGAAGUUUGAGAUUCGGCCCCCCUUCUCCCAGCUGGUGCUGCUGCUAGAGAGACUGCUGGGCGAGGGUUACAAGAAGAAGUACCAGCAAGUGGAUGAGGAGUUUCUGAGGAGUGACCACCCAGCUGUCCUUCGAUCCCAAGCUCGCUUGCCCGGCUUCCAUGGCCUCCGGUCCCCCCUGGACACCAGUUCCGUCCUCUACACUGCUGUGCAGCCCAACGAGGGGGACAACGACUACAUCAUCCCCCUGCCUGACCCCAAACCCGAAGCGACUGACGAGGGACCACUGGAGGGUUCCCCUAGCCUUGCCAGCUCCACCCUGAAUGAAGUCAACACCUCCUCCACCAUCUCCUGUGAUGGCCCCCUGGAAUUGCAAGAGGAAGCAGAGCCAGAGCCCCAGCCCCCAGGGGAGCCUGAGCCGGAGCAGGAGUGGCAGCCGGAUCCAAAAGGCCCUGAGCCUCGAGCUGAGGCGGAGGACAGCUUCCUGUAGGGCGGCUGGCACCCAGGUUGCCCUCCCAAAGUGCCCCUCUGCGUCCCAGCACCCAGCGCCUCCUGGCUUGAUCCGGCCCAGCCUCCAAGUGGCUUCCAUCCACCUAUUCCCUCGGAAAGCUUGUGCCUCUGGCAUGUCAUGCCCUGCCCCCUGGGGCUGCCUUAGGAAGCAAGAACUUCAGGGGCCCUGAACAGCCCUGAGCCUCUGAGAAGGCCAGAUGACUGAGCCAGGGGACUCUGUUUCCCCAUCUGUAAGAUGGGAAAGUUGCAAUUCUCUCCCUGGCUGACAGGUUGGAAUCCUGGGAGAUUCUGGAGGUUUGGGAGAUGGUAAAUUAACUUUUUCUGCUCAGCCAACUACCCCUCGAAGGGCUACAGUUCUCUCUCGCACUUUUAUCUACCCAGGAGCUGGGAAAGAGGCCAUGGCCUCCCUGACUCCUGGCUGAGCUUGACCUUGGACAGUGUUGCCUCUUCCAGAAGCCACUUCUGUCGGAUGCCAGUCUGCAACCCCAGGCCCGAGCGGGUCCGGGGCCAUCAUGCUCACUUUUGCUGGGGGCAAGCCAAGGACAGGACACCUGGCCUGCAGCCCUGCUCCAGGCACUCAGGGCACACCCCACCAUAGAAAGUGCCUUUGUCUGUGUCUUCCUGGCCCCAUGAGUCCUGGGGUCUUUUUCCUCAUCACUUACUCCAGUCUUACUCCAGCCACCAGGGUCUCCAGGGCCAGACAGACCCACACCUGACGCUGUGUUGACAUGCUUCGAGAGGCAUUCACUCUUGAGGAUCACACGUGCAUUGGACUUGCUAAGAGGCCUUGGAGGAAUCCCUCACCCUCUCUGGGUCUGUUUUCCCUUUGAAAAAUAAGCAGGUUGGACUCACUGACUUUUGGUGCCCUGCCAGCACUCACAUUCUAGAAUAUUCCAGGGUUGUAUACUUGCUCAGAUGAAGCAAAGCCCAACACCCCAAACCUCCAUUCUGAAGGUCAGCUGGGGAGCUCACCUCCAGCCCUGGGGAGAUUCCAGGCCACUGAAGACAUUCAAGAACUGUGCCCCUUCCCCAGGCCACUGGCAAGUUCCAAAAGACAAGCUUCCCAGACUUUGACUUGAAGUGACAGCCAGUGUCAUGUCCUGGAAGGCCCCAAUAGCUGGUCUGGGGACAUUGGAAGAGAACCAGACCCCUUUUAGCACCCACAGUGACCUCCGGAGCUAUUCUGGGCCUCUUUGAGAUCUCGCAGUGCAGCCUGACACACCAGCACCUGCUGUCCAGGUCUGUGCCACAGAUGUGAUGGACGGUGCAGCCCCCUGAGUGUUCCUGGAGGAGACAAGAAGACUUGGGUGGGAACCCGAGACAGGGGUGCCAAAGGCAGCUAUCUGGGGGGUUGCCUUCCCACCUACCAGCUUCCCCAUCCCUGAGGCAUCUGGCCUCCUCCCUGUGGUCUCUGCCACUCACAAUCUAGCGCCGGGGGCAUUGGAGUGGGAAGUGAGGGUAUGACCAAGCUUGCCAGCCAGGGAGGCAGGAAAGCGGGUGAGGGAAGGCCAGCCCCUCUGGGCACCUGCCUCUUGUGCUGCGUGGUGCCCCUGAAGCCUGGAGGAGGGCAGUGGGUUCUCACUACGGUACCAAAGAUGUAAUCACCUAGGUUUACAAGUAUUUUAGGACUCACAUUAACUCACAUUAUACAACAGAAGUACUAUUUUGUAUGCCGUCAUGUUUUCUUAUCUGUGUACUUUUUUUUAAGGGAAAGAUUUUAAUAUUAAACUUGGUGCUUCUCACUCACAGAUGGCAUGGUGCCUCCAGGUGUGGGUCUCUGUGCCUGCAGGGGGGCAGGAGUGCAGUGGGUAGAUGGGACUCUCUUGGUCACCACAUUGGCCACUCAUUUCCAUUUCUAAAAUGGGGUUUCCACCUCCCCCAAAGCACACACCUGCAUACUGCUCACUAGUAGCUGUGUGAAAUGAGACCGUUCGCCCAGCUCUGAGUGCAUGACCCUGGGUCAGUGGGCACGUCACAGGCCCAAGUUGCUGAGCCCCUCCUAGGUCCCCGCCUUGCACCACCAUGUGCUUUGGCUUUGGCAGCUAAGCUGAGACACCUGCUCCUCUCCCCUUCCCUCCGCCCACGGGUAUAGAGUGAGGUGAGGCUGAUGUGGCCAGUGAGAGGCAUCGCUAAAGCCUGAUUUCAAGCCCUGGUGAGUGGUGGUGCGGUCCGAGGUAUGAACAGGGCAGCGGGGCACCCACAAGGGUCAGAGAGCAGGAAGAAGUGAGCAGAGAGGGUGAAGGAGACAGAAGAAAAGGGAAAGAGGUGGGAGGUGUAUGCCCAGGAAUAGACCAGGGGAGGACAUGGGGCAUCAGGCUGUAACUCUGAGGGCAGACACGAGCCUGGCUGGGCAGGGGAUGCAGACCCAGACUCCUCAGUGGUGUGGGACUGAUAUGAGCUGGGCAUCCUGUGCCUGCUGGCCAGCUCAGUAUUAGCCGUGGUCUCUACUGCCCAGCCCAGGCCUGAGACCCUGACAGCAGCACAAGGUGGGGGCAACAGAAAUGCCAGGGGUAGGGAAUGAGCUGAAUGCAAGGACCUAGACCCAGGUGAGGCUCCUUGGUCUCCCACCGUGGUCACUUUUGGGUGGGUCAUUCGAGGUGGAACCAGGUAGCAGCCUGAGAUCUGUCAUUUCUCACUGUGUGACCUUGGCCAUCCCUUGGUCUCUGAGCUGGAGAAGGGGCAACUCAGCUUGUUUCUUGUUUUGGAGCUACAGGCUUCCGCGGACUGCUUCCAGGGGCUUGGGCUGCCAGUGGGGAGAGAAAUGGAGACAUGGGGCCGCUGUGACUCACAGGCCCAACCACCAACUCAGGGACAGCUGAAUCACGCGGGUAAACCCCGCUGCAGGCCUAGCCACCCAUCAUCCACCUGCCAGAGAUUCCUGGCUCUGGAGGACACCCAGAACCCGUGACCUGGCUGUGUAGGAGAUGAAUAAGCCAAUAUGGAAUCUGCCCCUUUAUUAAGAGAAUUAAGUCCACAUUCCAGAUGGGGAUUUUCCUUCCUCUUGGGAGAGCUCGUUGGUCAGGAGACCUUGGCUGCCCUGCCCUUCAGAGCUGCUCCUUAUCGGCCUUGGGUGAAUUACUCCACACCAGGCUUCAAUUUCCCCAGCAGUAAGUGGAGCUAAUGAUGCAAAGAAGAGACAAGGGAUGAUAAAACUGGCGACCUCUGAUUGACAGUGACUGGGUGGCUAUGGAGAGCCUGGUGCCCCGCCCUGCCCCCUGCCCCCUCUGGUAUGUUUUCACAAUGGAGAUAUAUAUAUAUAUAUAUAUUUUUUUUUAAUUCAAACAUAUAUUGCAGAAAUACUUGGAAAAAAGUAAUUUUUAACUGCUAUGAAGUUGGACAAUAAACUAAAAUCAAGAUCCUUGUAGAGAUAGUGUGUCCAUAAGAGAAAGAAUAAGAGGUGCUGGGGAGAGGAAAGACCAGAAAUAAAGAGCCUCUUGCUGAGAGCAAGGGAAAAAAACCAACAGUAAGAAGGCAUUGGUGGGGCUGGGGCCGCAUGGGCCCCUGUG